ACCCGCACCAGCGAGUCCUCACAGCGCGCUAAAAUCCACGUCCACUCGACGUUCGCAUCGCGUCGCGUGUGCGUUAUCUUGACAACAACAAAUUAUUUUUUUUUUUUAAGUCAAUAUUUUUAUGUUUAAAUUGAGUUGUGAAUGAUUGAGGUUAUCGAGGGCAGUUGAAUUUCCCGGGCUUUUUGUUGGGGGGAUUGAUUUGACAGGUGUGAGGAGUGUCGGUGGAUUUUUAAUGAGGGAAUUAUGACAGCUGACGUUUGACAGUGAAAUUGAGGUGAUUGGUGGGAUUUUGGUGUUUGUCGAUGGUGUAUUGUUUUGUGGUUUUCGAGGGAUUUUUGGGAGGUUUUGGGGACUUGUGCGGGCCCAACGAGCCGGGAUUGUUUUGAAUUGGAUUUGUUGGUGUGAGGGUAGGAUAUUCGAGAUCAGCUGUCAACGGGGUCAUGGUAAGCGGAGGGAUGGCUGGGCAGCACUACUGCCUGCGGUGGAACAACUACCAGUCGAACAUGACCUCGGUUUUUCAUCAGUUGCUUCAGACUGAGGCCUUUGUUGAUGUCACACUUGCCUGUAAUGAGGCCUCGUUGAAGGCCCACAAGGUGGUACUCUCGGCCUGCAGUUCGUACUUCAAAAAACUGCUGCUGUCUAAUCCCUGCAAACAUCCGACUAUUAUAAUGCCCCAGGACGUGUGUUUCAAUGAUCUCAAGUUUAUCAUUGAAUUUGUUUACAAGGGCGAGAUCGACGUGUCACAGGCGGAACUCCAGUCUCUGCUAAAAACGGCUGAUCAAUUGAAGAUCAAGGGCCUCUGUGAGGUGCCUGAGAGCAAAGAGGGAUCAGCAUCAGUCAGUCUGAGUUCACCAGCACGAGAGCCUGCUACCCCUCGAUUAAACUACACGAAGUUGAAGAGACACCACCCGAAGUACAAAAGAGCGAGGACAUCGUUUGAAGCGAUAACAGGGAGUGCAGACUCCAGGCGCUACGACAAGUACAAAAACGAGAGUAACGAGGGUGGUAGUGGUGCCACUGAUUUUACCUUUGGUCGAGAAAAUAAUAAAGAGAAUCACCGAGGUGACUGGCAGACAACGACGGAGGAUGAGGAGUGUGGGGUUGAGGCAGUAGUCCUGGAAUCCUGCCAACGAGACAUCAACAACGGUAACGGAACAAACAACAAUAACGGUAAUAUGUUUUGUCACACAGGACUAGGACAUUAUGGUCAUCAUCCUGAUCCAGGAGAUGUCGAUUUACCACCGGAAACCCAACCAACACCACCUAGUGCCACCCUGGUGGGCACCACUGUCACGCACCUGCGAGACUCAGAUCAUGUUACAGAUAUUCAAAACUGCGACAGUGUCAAGAUAAAGUUUGAGACCCUCCACACGAUGGACUCGUCAGACACAAUUGACAUUGACAGUCAUAUGUCGGAUCGUGCAAGUGUCAGUUCCAAACAUGAAAGUGACAACAUGAUGAUGAUAACACCAGAGCUUUUGGGCCUGAUGCCGUCGGGUAGUUCGGUGCACUCGGACUCGGGGGAGAAUAAUUCUAGGGGGCACUCGGGGGGUUCUGGACAUUAUCAUGGUACAUCAAAGUCGUGGACGCAGGAGGAUAUGGACGCUGCACUGGAGGCGCUUAGAAAUCAUGACAUGAGUUUGACGAAAGCUUCUGCGACAUUUGGAAUUCCCUCGACGACGUUGUGGCAGCGAGCCCAUCGUCUGGGCAUUGACACACCAAAAAAAGACGGCCCAACAAAAUCCUGGAGCGAUGAGAGCCUCAACAAUGCCCUUGAGGCCCUCAGAACCGGCACGAUAUCGGCGAAUAAAGCAUCAAAGGCGUUUGGAAUACCGUCCAGUACAUUGUACAAAAUAGCCAGGAGGGAGGGUAUACGAUUGGCAGCGCCAUUCAACGCCAGUCCAACAACCUGGUCACCAGCCGAUCUUGACAGAGCACUGGAGGCCAUCAGAUCCGGCCAGACAUCGGUCCAAAGGGCCUCCACCGAGUUUGGUAUACCCACGGGGACCCUUUACGGUAGAUGUAAGCGUGAGGGCAUUGAAUUGAGCAGAAGCAAUCCAACUCCCUGGAGUGAGGACGCCAUGACAGAGGCACUGGAGGCGGUGCGACUGGGUCACAUGAGCAUCAAUCAAGCAGCAAUACAUUACAAUUUACCCUACUCAUCUCUGUAUGGGCGUUUCAAACGUGGAAAAUACGAGGAGCCAGUGGUCAGUGAGAUGUCCCAAGACGGUACCAACCCUCACUUCCAUCAGAAUCCUCACCAGAAUCACUCAUCACCACUUCCCGAUCAAAUGCCGUACCAGGGCAGCUGAAAUUUACCCCUCUAUUAGGCUCUACGUCAUCAGGACCUAGUUUAAUGUGCAUUCGAUCUCAGAUACAAUGAAUGCACCACCUUCGAGGGGAAUAAUCACGUGUUGCAGUAUUAAAACGAUUGUCUAAUACAGUGGAACGAUGGAAUACAAUAUUCGUGGAGUGGAAAUAACUUUGGAUUAUUUAUGUGGAAUGUGUACAGAGGGGAAUGUGUAUGUGAAUUUUUGUAUUUUAAUCGAAGGGUGUUGGUUAUUCCUGGGGGGACGAGGAUUUUCAUUGAUUAGGGAUAACAUUUUCGUACUGAUCCUUUGUGUGACGUGUUCUGGGGAAUUAAGAGACAAAGAAAGUGUUUAUUAAUUUAGAAAACAGGUUUUUUGAGGUUAGAAAACACUGGGGGACGACAGGUUUUGAGAAAAUUAUUAUUUUUGAGUGAAUAUAUCGUGAAAUGAUGAUAUUCUUGAUGAUGAUUAUUGUUAAUUAAAUGGAAUAUUCGGUGGUGGGGGAUAUAAUUUAUUCUCCAGGUCGAAAUAUCUGAUUGUUUAUUUGAUGAAGGUCUGAUUCAACAUUUUUUUAUGUCACAAACUGAGUUUUACGUAAUUCCAAGAGCCAAAAGUGUUUUUUAGUUUAUAAAAAAGGUUUUUUUGAGGUUAGAAAACACUGGAGGGACGACAGGUUUUGAGAAAAUUAUUAUUUUUGAGUGAAUAUAUCGUGAAAUGAUGAUAUUCUUGAUGAUGAUUAUUGUUAAUUAAAUGGAAUAUUCGGUGGUGGGGGAUUUAAUUUGUUCUCCAGGUCGAAAUAUCUGAUUGUUUAUUUGAUGAAGUCCUGAUUCAACAUUUUUUUAUGUCACAAACUGAGUUUUACGUAAUUCCAAGAGCCAAAAGUGUUUUUUAGUUUAUAAAAAAGGUUUUUUUGAGGUUAGAAAACACUGGAGGGACGACAGGUUUUGAGAAAAUUAUUAUUUUUGAGUGAAUAUAUCGUGAAAUGAUGAUAUUCUUGAUGAUGAUUAUUGUUAAUUAAAUGGAACAUUCGGUGGUGGGGGAUUUAAUUGGUUCUCCAGGUCGAAAUAUCUGAUUGUUUAUUUGAUGAAGGUCUGAUUCAACAUUUUUUUAUGCAACAAACUGAGUUAUAUCGAAUUUCAAGAGUCAAACGUGUUUAUUAAUUAAUAAAAAACAUUUUAUUAAUGAUUUGUAACCAGAAAACAAAGAAAAAGCGAAUGAAAAAUCGAUUUUAUCGAGCAACAAAAUUCACGAACGAUAAAUCACGAUUUUAAUUUAUUAAUUUCUUAAAAAACAUUUAAUUUCUUCAAAUCAAACUUUGAUUCCACAAAUAUUUGUUCUCUAACACACCGUAAUUAUCAUACGCCGUGAAAAUCCAUCGGAAAAACUGUUUUUUGUUGACAAAAAACGUUAACAAACAAUAUCACAGAGAACGACUCGAUAAAAACCGAAAAUUAUUAAUUAAAAAUGAUGUUCUCAAUCAAUUGAAUAUUCUCACAUCGUAAUAUUCUUAAUCCCAACAUUUUACUGCUCCAUAUGAUUGAGAAUAUUGUUAAUUAAAUGAAAUAUUGUUAAUUAGAGAGUUAAUUCUACUUCUGAUUGACAAAUAUCUCAUUUUCCAGUGGAAUUCCAGCCGAGGAAUUCCACAUUUCCGUGACAAAUUGAGUAAUACGUAAUUCCAAGGGUAAAGCGUGUACACACGCGAUAAUUAAAAUGACGAAAGAUAACGAAGGCAUAAUUUUAGUAAUUAAACUAAGGAAAAAAAAGAGACGCCAGUUCAUCAAUGUUUAUCACAACGUUUUGAUUUUGUCUUCCAAAGUAAUAUGUCAUGGAAUGACGUGCUUCACAUUUAUUAUUAAUUUUUAAUUGUUCUAGUUGUUUUGUUAACUAAACGAGCAUUUCAGUUUUAUUAUUCUGAAUGAAUUGUUUAAAGAGAAUUAUAACGUUCACAUCAUUGGACUGAAUAGGGUAUCGCGUGGACUAGAGAUCGUCAGGAGUCCGAGGAAUUUGUUAAAAUUUUCAUUGUGAAACAAUUAAUGAUUCGAUCUCUUGUCGCGGCUCAAGUGUCACUGUUGUAUCAAAUACAUUAAUGGUAAAUUUAUUAAUUUAUCAUGCUCAUUUUUUUAUUAUGAAGUAAGUUAAGAAGUACAUGAUAUACAAAGUAUGAAAAUUUAUAAGAAUAUUAAAUAAAUGUACAGUUUAUAUAUUUUAAAUUAAACAUGCCGAGAUAAAUUUA